AAAUUACCGGAAGUCAUUGCAAGAGUCUUGUGAUGAGGAGUUUGUCGCCCAACGAGGGCAAAAUUUAAGAACGUUCACUUAAGCCGAGAAUGCCGGUGAAAGUUGACGUAGUACCACCACCGCCCGCAAACUCAAAGCAGCCGGGUGUCACAAAAUCUUUAUUAUACAACGGUUCGCGAUUUCAAGGCUCCCAAAAAUCUAAAGGCAAUAGUUACGACGUAGAAGUAGUUUUGCAGCACGUAGACGAGGAAAAUAGUUAUUUAUGCGGCUAUCUUAAAAUUAAGGGUUUGACAGAAGAAUUCCCCACUUUGACUACAUUUUUUGAUGGUGAAAUUAUAUCGAAGAAGUAUCCUUUUUUAACUCGUAAAUGGGAUGCAGACGAGGACGUUGAUAAAAAACAUUGGAGUAAAUUUGAGUCGUUUUGCCAAUAUGCCAAAACUUUCAAUUCGGACACAUUUGAUUAUGAAGCUCUAAAGGGAACUGAUUUUGUUUUUAUGAGGUGGAAGGAACACUUUCUAGUUCCUGAUCAUACCAUAAAAGAUAUCAAUGGUGCCUCAUUUGCAGGAUUUUAUUAUAUUUGCUUCCAAAAAUCUGCUGCCACAAUUGAAGGUUUUUAUUAUCAUCGCAGUUCUGAAUGGUAUCAAUCUCUGAAUUUGAAACAUGUUCCAGAACAUAGUAUACAGAUAUAUGAAUUUAGGUGAAAUCAAUAGUUGUUGCUCAGUUAUCUCUUUAAAUUCAUAUUUCACCUCUCCUAGCAUACAGAUCUCAUAAAAAACAUAAUCUUUAAAUUAGUUAAACUCAAUUCAAAAUAAAUAUCUUUUUAAAUUAUUUACUUUAAAAGUGAGGUGUACUUCAUGAAAGAACUAUCUACUUUGACAAAGUAUUUCAUAGUCUUUUUUAAUGUUAAUAAACAAUGUACAGUGUAUAUUGUAUAUUGUUUUUCCUAUAAAUAUUAGACAUGUCUUAAACGAAAAAAUCGUAAUUGAACGAAUGACGAGGAUUGCUGUGCCUCAUUGAGAUACGCUUGAUCAUAAAUUAGUUAUUAAUAUUCAUUGUAAGAUAUUUUAUCGAAAUAAAUAAAUUGAUGCUUUUUGUCAAUUAAAAUUAACGUUGUUGAUUAUUUGAUAUUCUUACAUACUAUAAAAUUGUAAUAUCGUUUUUAGUAUUACAUACAACUUAAAUGUGCUUUAUAGUUUAAGUAACAUAUUCGUCAUUAUGUUUAAAUUGAUCAAAUAAUAUAAAAUUACUGUCAAAAUUUCAGAGCAUGAAAUUUAAAAGUGUAGUAAAAUUAAGAAAAUGAAUAAUUUUUUACAUUUAGAUUCUAUGUUAUAAAAUGUUUACUUUUUAUGGCUGUACGAUUUUAAACAAUACAAGAUUUAUUUAUCAUAUACUACAUUUGUAUAUUUAUGAGAUCUGUCUGCCUCAAAAUGAUAGAAGGACGAUGAAUGAAUUGGUGUGAAUGUAGGAAGAAAAGAAAUCAAACUGAAACAUGAAAGUAAUUUUAAUAAUAUUACCCAGAAAACAUUUCUUUCAUUCUGUUCAAUUUGUAAUCGAUUUGCUUAAUAACUGUUAUCGUAUUUCUAAUCCAACCAAAUUUUGUGUUAUCACAAGAACUUCUAAAGUAUAGUAAGCUCUUUCGUGAUAUUCACUUUAAGCUGCACAAUUUUAAUGAGCCAAAUGAACAGGAAAGCAUUUUACGAAUAUUCAUGAUACAAACAGAACAACAAAAUUUGAUACAAGUUGUCUGUUUUUAGAACUUGUGAUGUAACGAUAACAUUAAUGAAAUAUGAAAUCUGUUAUUGUAAUAAAGUAUUAUAAUGAUUCAUUGUAAUAUGUAACUAAAACUAAUAAUUUAAACUGAUAUAUUCAUUUAGUAAGUUAUAGUAUAGUUAACAUAUGAAUUAUAAACACUGAUUUUGAAUCUCUUGAUUAAACAAAAAAAUGAAAUUUAUUAUCUUAAAAUGGCAAAUCGUUACAAAAUAUUGAAUGUUACCAAAAUAGUGAAACUUAUCCACUAUUUAGAAUUUAGUUAUACCUAUUACUUACAGUGUAAAAUAGAAAUGCAUAUUUACUUUAAAAUAACAUCUCUACGGAUUGUGUGACUUACGUUAAAAUACUUUUUGUAUUUGCAUCUUUUAAUUGUAUUGAUUAACAUCAGUUGCUGUUUAUAUCUUACACAAACGAAAUGCAAUUAGAAUUUAUUAAAUAGAGCUUUUAGACAUUAAAUACUAUGUUAGAUUGUGGUUUAUAGAAGUCAGUAAUGUUUUCUGUAGGUGUUUUCUUAAUGUUUAUUUAUAAGAUACUAAUUUUAAAGAAAUAUGUUUUAAAAUAUGAGUCUAUAGAA